AUGGCUGACUCUGCACUUGUGUGGGUGAGGCGACAGGCGCGGUGGCGGGUGGUAACGAGGCCAGCUGUUUCGAUAUUUAUUUGUCUUUCUUUAUACAUAAGAUAUUCUUUCUUUAUACGUAUAUUUCUUUCUCUCUUUCUACGCAAGAUAUUUCUUUCUUUAUACAUCUUUCUUAUUUUUCUUUCUUUAUACGUACGAUCUUUCUUUCUUUCUUUCUCUCUUUCUUUCUUUCUUUCUUUCUUUCUUUCUUUCUUUCUUUCUUUCUUUUCUUUCUUUCUUUUGUUAUACAUCUUUCAUUUUCGUUUUUUCUUUCUUUCUUUCUUUCUUUCUUUCUUUCUUUCUUUCUUUCUUUCUUUCUUUCUUUCUUUACGCGCAAUAAAUUUAUUUAUUUAUUUCUCCGUAAGAAAUUUCUUAGACGUAAAACCUUACUUUUUUUUCUUAUUUCCUUUCUUUCUUUUUUCUUACUUUAUACGUGAAGUAUUUAUUUAUUUAUUUAUUUCCUCCUCUUUCUUUCUUUCUUUCUUUCUUUCUUUCUUUCUUUCUUUCUUUCUUUCUUCCUUCCUUCCUUUUUUUCUUCCUUUCUUUCUUUGUUAUACAUCUUCCCAUCUUUCUUUCUUUCUUUCGUUCUUUCUUUCUUUGUCCCUUCUUUUUAUCCAUUUCAUCCAUGUUUCUUUCUUUAAAUUUAUUUCAUUCUUAUCUUCUUUUCUUCUUUCUGCGUUUGCCUUUUACUUGUUUACUUCCAUAUUUUCUUUCAUUAUUUCCUUCUUUCCUUCAUUCCUUUCUUUCCUUCCUUCACUCAUUUUCUUUCUUCUUUCCUUCACUCCUUUACUUUCUUCUUCUUUUUCAAUUCAUUUCUUUCUUCUACUUCUUUCUUUUGUCUUUUAUUUUCCUUCUACUUUUCUUUCUCUUUUUUCCACGCUCUUUUUCUUACUUCUUCCCUUCAAUUCUUUUCUUUCUUUUUAUCUCCGCCAUCUUUCUUUGUUCUCCGUCCUUUCCCUUUGUUCUUUUUUUUCUUUCGUCUCUUUCUUUUUUUCUCCUUCUUCAAAAUUCUUCAUUCUUUUUCUUCAUUAUUCGUUAUUCUUAUUGUUCUUUAACUCAGUAUUCAACCGACGCAAAAAUGAACACACGCAGCCUUUCUUUCCUUCUGUCUACCCUUCAUUUCCCAUAUUUUUCCUUAUCUCUCUUUUUUCUUUUCUUUUUCUCGGCCAUCUUUCCGUUUCUGUCUUUCUCUCUCUCUCGCUCUCUCUCUCUCGCCCUCUCUCUCUCCCUCUCUCUCUGUUCACUUCAAAUGUAUUUUAA